AAAGAAAAGACCAAAAAUUAGAAAUAUUAUUUGCUCUGAGAUGGUUUGAGCUGGCUAAGUCAUUUAAGAAUUUUAUUUUCUAAUUUGAUAAAUAUUGCAUACAUUUAACCAACUUGGCUUUUUAUCUUGUCACAAUUUUAACAUAAAUAAUAACAUAAAAAAACACAUAAUAAAACAUGUGCAUUCUAAUAAUGUCAAGUACCUACAGAACACAGGACUGGCAUGAUUUCUGUUGGUACUGUUUUAGACUGAAUUGUGCCCUCUUCCCCCAAACUCUUAUGUUAAAAACCUAACUUCCAAUAUGACUGGACUGUUUUUGGAGAUAAAGCCUUUAAGGAGAUUAUUAAGGUUAACUGAGAUCAUAAAGCUGGGGCCCUAAUCUGAUAGUACUAGUGUCAUUAUAAGACUAGGAAGAGAUACCAGAAGUAUGCACUCACAGAGAAAAGGCCAUCGGAGUACUCAGCAAGAAGGCAGCCAUCUGCAGGCCAAGAAGGAGAGGCCUUACUAGAAAGAAACCCUACCAGCAUCUUAAUCUUGGACUUCUAGCCUGUAGAACUGUGAGAAAAUAAAUUUCUGUUAUUUAACCUACUCAGUAUUGUGUUAUGGAAGCCUGAGCAGAAUAAUGCAGAUUUUGGUACUGUGAAAUGGAGUUCCACUGUAACGAAUACCUAAAAAUGGGGAGUGGCUUUAGAAUUAGGUAAUGUGAGGCUGGAAGAGUUCUGAUGGAAUCAUUGGUGAGAAUGCAGAUGCUAAAGAUGAUUCCGGUGAGGUCUCAGAUGGAAACGAGAAAUGUUACAGGAAACUAGAAAGAAGGCAGUCCUUGUUAUGAAGAAGCAAAAAACUUGACUGAAUUGUAUUCCAACGUUCUGUGAAAGAUAGAACUUGUGAGUGAUGAGCAUGGACAUUUAGCAAAGGAGAUUUCUAAGCAAAGUCUUGAAAGUAUAGCUUGAUUUCUCCUUACUGCUUAUAGUAAAAUUUGAGAGGAGAGAGAUUUAUUGUAGAAGGAAUUGUUAAGCAAAAAGGAACCAGGAACUGAGACUUGGGACAUUCUCAAUAUGUCCUUAUUGUAAGAGCAUGUUCUGGAAAGAACACCCAAUAUGUGGCCAGUCUUUCCAUAAAGAGAUUAAACCAUAGUUAAUCAGCCAUCCUGGCAGAAGCUAAGAAUAGUGAUGGGAUUAUACCAGCAGAGACACUGCCACUUUGUAUCAAAGGGGUCAGAUGGGAUAUAAUAAAGAAAGGUUUUUGGACUUAGGUUCUACUGUCCUAUUCUAUAGAAUCACAUAUCUGGCUGUUAACAUCCCUUAUCCUUCAAGAAAAGGGAAGACUGACUCUGAGGAUUAUUCGCAGAUCAGCAGGAUUGCCACUGCCUCCACAGGCCCAGAGCACAAAGCUGCCUCCUCCUCAGUUUCAGAGGGCCAGGCUCCCUUGUAGAGCAUGGCUGUCACCUAGGGCCCAGAGUACAAAGUGAUGUUGCAGUGUGCCUGUAGGGCACAGCAUCAAAGCAGAGAGGACUAUUCGUGUGCCUUAAGAUCUAAUGGAAUUUGCCUUGCUAGGUUUUGGAUUUUCUUGGGACCUAUCACCCCUUUCUUCAUUCUGAUUUCUCCCUUUUGGAAUGGGAAUGGAUAUCCUGUGCAUGUCCUAACAUUGUAUUUUAGAAGCAUGUAAGUUAUGUGGUUUUACAGUUUCACAGCUGGAGAACAAUUUUGCCUCAGGAUUAAUCAUACCUCGAAUCUCAACCAUACCUAAUGUAGAUGAUAUUUGGGUGAAAUUCUGGACUUGGAGUUCUUACUGCAAUGGGUUAAGACUUUAGGGGGCUUUGGGGAUGGGGUGCUUGUUUUUUGUAUGUGAAAAGGACAUGAAUUGUAGGGGCCAGAGGGAAGAAUGUUAUCAAUUGAAUUGUAUCCCACCACCACCAAUCUAUACCUUGAAGUACUAACCCCCAGUGUGACUGUUUGGAGAUAAGAAGGUGGUUAAGGUUAAAUGAGGUCUAAAGAGUGGGCCUCUAAUCCAAUAGGACUCUUGUUCUUAUAAGAAGAUGAAGAGACACCAGAAGUAUGCAUGCACAGAGGAAAGGCCAUGUGAGGACACAGAACGUGGAUCUCUGCAAGCCAGAACAAGAGCCCUCACCAGAAAACAACCCUAUGAAAAGAAGUAAAGAAUCGAUAAUUAAAAAUCAUAAUCAAGAGGAAAUAAGUAUUCUUCGUUGUUGGAAAUGUAGAAAAUGUAUAGCAAGUUCUGGUUGUUUCAUGGAAUAUCUUGAAAAUCAAGUGAUUAAGGAUAAAUGUGAUCCAGAUGAUACUCAAAAUAUUUGUCAUGUGUGGCACAUGAAUAUAGAAGCCCUUCCAGAAUGGAUAAACUACUUAAUACAAAAAGCCCAGUGGACAGUUGGAAAACUGAAUUGCCCUUUCUGUGGGGCCCGUUUAGGGGGCUUUAAUUUUGUCAGCACUCCAAAAUGUUCCUGUGGCCAGCUUGCAGCUGUACAUCUCUCCAAGAGCCGGACCGAUUAUCAGCCAACACAGGCAGGCAGACUAAUGAGACCAUCACUGAAAUACUUGUCACAUCCUAGAGUUCAGUCAGGUUGUGACAAGAAAACUCUGCUGACAGGUGGUGGCUCCAAAAACAGAAAUCACAGGCUUUUAAACAUGGCCCAAAAUAAUAAUGACCCUGGAAGAUUAACAGAAGCACUCUGCCUGGAGGUGCGAUCAACAUAUUUUGAGAUGAAGAACGAAAAACUGCUCUUCAAAGAACCAGAACCAAAGUACCAGCUUUUUGUUCCACAGCUUGUGACUGGCAGAUGCACUACAAGAGCUUUUCAUAGAAAAUCACAUAGUUUGGAUCUGAACAUCAGUGAAAAACUGACUUUAUUACCCACCUUAUAUGAAAUCCAUAGUAAGACUACUGCCUAUUCCAGGCUAAAUGAAACACAGCCUAUUGACCUUUCAGGCUUGCCUUUACAAUCUAGUAAAAAUAGAUGUUCCUUUCAGAAUCCAUCCACUUUUGAUCCUCAUAUGCUGCUGCAAAGGUUUUCAGUGGCCCCCCACGAGACCCAGACACAAAGAGGAGGAGAAUUUCAGUGUGGUCUAGAAGCUUCUUCAGUGUACUCUGACCAUGCUAGUACUAACAACCUUGCUUUCCUGAUGGACCUGCCCUCAGCUGGCAGGAGCAUGUUGGAGGCCUCGGAGGAAGAAGAGCACCUCUCCCCUCUGGACUUCCUGCACUCGGCUAAUUUUUCCUUGGGUACCAUUAAUCAGAGGCUCAAUAAGAAAGAAAGGAGCAAAUUGAAGAAUCUAAGAAAGAAACAACGAAGACAUGAAAGAUGGCUACAGAAGCAGGGUAAAUACCCAGGAAUGGGAUUGCUGAAUCAAAUGCAAAAGGAUACAAACCAUCAUCAACAAAAGGAAAAGGUGCAUGGGGCAAAAUAUGGAGGAAAUCAGACUUUGAAUAAUGAGAUGAGUACAGAUGAUGACAAUGAAUAUGCAGAAGAAAAGGAUAGCUACAUCUGUGCAGUGUGUUUGGAUGUUUAUUUCAACCCUUACAUGUGUUACCCUUGCCACCACAUCUUCUGUGAGCCCUGCUUACGGACUCUGGCCAAAGACAAUCCUGCAAGCACUCCUUGCCCAUUAUGUCGGACAAUUAUUUCUAGAGUCUUUUUCCAGACAGAGCUGAACAAUGCCACAAAAACAUUCUUUACUAAAGAAUAUUUGAAAAUAAAACAAAGCUUCCAUAAAUCCAGCUGUGCAAAAUGGCCUCUACCAAGCUGCAGAAAGGCAUUCCAUCUUUUUGGAGGUUUCCAUAGACGUGCAGCUCCAGUUACAAGAAGGCAGUUCCCACAUGGUGCACACAGGAUGGACUACCUGCACUUUGAGGAUGAUAGCCGUGGAUGGUGGUUUGACAUGGAUAUGGUGAUCAUAUAUAUUUAUUCAGUGAACUGGGUCAUUGGAUUCAUUGUUUUCUGCUUUCUUUGCUAUUUUUUCUUUCCGUUUUAGGAAUUUUCAUACCUACUACAGUUGAACAAUCAUAAAAGAUGUAAAUAACAAUUGCUUAAACAUUUUUUAAAUGUGCUUUGAAGUUUUUAUAAUGUUGCAUUAUAUAAAUUGUUGGUGUUUAUAGAAAGCCUGACAAUAAUGGACUUAUUAAUGUUUUUCAUGUAACAAACCAACUUUAUUUAAAAGCUAAUCUAUCCAGCGCUUAGCAACAAUGCACUAUUAAUUUCAUAGUUGUUCUUGGUUUAGGAUUUGGGGUUCUAAUUUUACUGUGUCACUUUUAUACUUACUUUGAUUAUAAAGACUGGUUUUCCCUCUUAAAAUAGUUAAAAUACAAAAUGAAAUGAUAAUCUGAACAGACAGUAUUUUAACUGAUGAAAUAUUUAGUCAAUCAUUACUUAUUCUCAAGCAAAUUAUAUUCAUUAAAGAUAAACAACAUUUUCUGGGAACUAAUCUAGCAAGGUAUAUUCAAUAUUGGUAUCCAAAUGCCUUUACUUAUGUCCCCUUCUAUUACCAAGAAAACUGACUAUCCUUUUUGUACAGAUCUAAUUAGUACAGUAAUUUUAAUUGUUAUAAGCAACAGAAGAGUAAAACUAUGUAAUACUACAAACUUUGGGACUAACCCCCUCCAGUAGACACUUUAGAGACCUAUAUUAACACUUUCCAAAUUACAGGAUAAAUAACCUGAAGAAAUAAACAAUUCAACAACUUUCAGUAGUCUAAAAGAACAAUGCAUGUCCAAACUGUAAUUAAUUUAGCAUUUAUUUAAGUAGAAGAUUGUCAAAUAUAUUGUAAAUGUGCAAUAAAGAAUGGCUUUUUAAUUUUUUA